GCAUUUUCAGCCUGUGCGCUCUCCCUGGAAGCGUGCGGCACCAAUUGCUGUACAGGACCUCUGUGUGAGGUCCUGAUCAUGUGGUCACUGAUUGGGCAAUCAGUGAUCACAUGAACAGUAGUAAGCAAGAUGUCACUUCUGACAUCAUUGCUUACUACUAGUGAAAUUUGUGAAUGAUCACGGAGGUCACAUGGUACACGGCUAUUCACAACAGCCUUAUACCAUGUGACAAGCUGUGACCAAUCACAACUCUC